UACCACCAGCAAAAGUACCCACAAUGGACCGCUCUCGACUCUAUCUCCCCGCUAAGGUUGUCUGUGGAAGAGUUGGUCAGUAUCGAAGAUUCCAGCAACCCACGAAGAAAACUGGCUCAUUCAGAAAAAGAGGAAUUGAAAGAUGGCACAGAGCCGUGUCUACUGACUUAGUAAGACAAAAUGUUUUGGUCCCCAAAGAGGAAUCAUCCAGUGAAAGUGACACAGGAUUCCAGGAAAGCCAGCAAAACCAGGGGAAAAAAUGGAUGAAGAAAGUGCGGACUGCUUUUGGAAGAAUGCUGCCGCACACGCACAGAAACAAGCCAGGGGGCACCAGCAGGGAGGCCUCCGCCCGCCCCCCUAGGACGCCCCUGGCACACGCUCGGCGCCUGCUCCCCAGGAUGGCCCAGGAGCUUCCGUCGCCCAGGCUGUUCCCCACACCGAGAGUGCGAAGGCUCUCACAGGGCGCAACCAUACAACUGGAUGUUGUAGAAGCAGAGACUGAGGAGAUAACUGGACGAAACAUGUUCCUCAGGGCCCGGAGAACCACCAAGCGGUUAUCUGUGACAUCUCUGCCAUCAGGGCUGCACAAGGUAUCAUAUUCAUCAAAAAAGAGACCAUAUUUUCCAGUGCUUAAAAAAAAGAAACGUGGCAUGGAAAGCAUCCUCCAAAAAUCAGAUCUGACAGUGGGAAAGCUGCAAGUGCAGGUGGAUGACCUCCUAGAGACAGUGACGGAUAAAUCCAUGAAACUGUUAGCCCAGAGGCACGCUGAGCUUCAGCAGUGUGAGUUUCUCGGAGAUGAAAUUCUUCAGUGUUCUAAGCAGUUCCAGAGGAUGUCCAAGAGAACCAUGAGGAAGUACAAACUGAAAAACGUGUGCUUCCCGUGUACUUGCUGCUGCUUCUGA